GUGGUGAAGGAGGAGUAGAAGUGGCUAAGAAAGAGGUCGCAACGUGAAGUGGAUAAGGCCUGCCGGACGUCUGAGGCGGAAAUGAUUUCUUGUCUUGAGGUAAUGACUUUCAAGUUCAUAUUGGGAAGUUUCUUUGAGAAAAUGAAGAAGAGGAACGGGUUGGAAGUGUGCGUUUUACGCGCCAAAAGAACAUGAUACGUGCAUAUGCUGUCUUGUAAAUUUUACCGCCGACAAUACCAUGAGAAGAUGUCAGGUGUUCGACAGGCACUUGGCAAAAGACAAAACUUUUCCAAUGUAUCGCUCAACUAAAUUGACGUUGUGUACAAGAAUCCUCUGAAAUAAGACUGUAGUUUAACGUUUGAGCUUAGCACGAUGCUAUUUUGAGGAAGUUGACAAGGAAGUGAACGAAAGGCGCCGAAACCACAAGAAAACAAAUUGACUCCGUUGUUUACGGAAGUGCUUGUUGCAUCAACAUUUCACCCAAGUAAAAGAAAACAUCGGAAAGUCAUCAAAACGUUUCCAGAAUGCUGAAGCUCGUGAAGAAAUCUAUCGAACGGAAUAAGUUCAUGAAGGAACUCCACACGACACGGGAGAAGAAUGCAGAAAGACGGGCGAGAAACGAGGGACCGUUGGUUUUCAACAAGCGGCUGUUCGCUGCGCAAGGCUCGGUGGUGAUCACCCUGGAAGCCCGGAAAGUUAUGGUGCGAAACGCGGUGAGUUUAGACCGGGAUCUGACUCCGAGUGAACUGUUAUCCAUGCGACCUGUAGUGGACGGUUUGAAAUUGAUUCACAACGGAUUGAAAUACGUGAAAGACGCCAUAAGCCAUGUCGUAACGUACGAAUCUUACGAACAAGACGUUUACGUUACCAAACAACCUCACGAAGACUUGCUCUCCUGCUAUUACAUCCUCAGCGGAUCGGUAGAAGUCACAUACGACAAGCCCAGCCGUAACUCUAUGCAGGUUCACGAAAGCAACAUUAUCUACGCGCACGGUGUUGGAGAAUUCCUCGGGAUGGUAUCCUCGGAGGGCCCGACUAGAGACUUGGCGCCGCCCGCUACCAUGUAUACUACCGAACCUUGCGAGUUUCUGCGCAUAGAUAGACAGAAAUUUCACCAGAAAAUUAAGUCUCUCGCCAAAUUGCACAAAGAAGAGAAAGAACAUUAUCUGAACAACGUCAGUGUGCUCAGGACACUACCCAAGGUGGAGAAGGAAAAGUUGAUGUCUGUUCUAGUAAAACAGGAGUAUCCUGCAGGGAAGCUGAUACUGAGGCAGGGAGAACCGGUACAUCACCUGUUCUUGCUCGUCAAAGGUAGGUCAUCAGGGGUCAAAUAGAGUCAGAUAUGUGACAUAUUUAUGGCCAAUUUGGAUUAAAGAUGAUCUAUUUUAUGUAGAUAAAAAAAGGCUGAAAAGGUUGAAAAACGAAGUCAAUUUCAGAAAAAUUGUGCCGGUAGGGAGAGGUCGCCUUGUUUAAACAGCAAGGUAUGUAGGUGGAAUUAAGAUAAUGUGACAUUCAAACUUCGUGGCCACAGACUGCGAGAUGCAGACAAGUCUGGAAUAGUUCAAGGGAGGGGUUCCUCAGAGAGAGUGACAAUGCCCUACCAUGACUGACAAAUUUCAUUGGUUCUCCAUCUAAAUAUGUUUAGCCAAAGUACGACAACAAAAAGGCGUAUUACAGCUGUUUCAGAACUGUGGAAUUAAAAACAAAAUUCUUUCUCACAUACGCACUGAAAUAAUUUCAUUAUAUUGCAAAGGCAAUUAUGAGCGGACCACUUGAUGUUGAACAAACCUGUCGUGUUGUAUAUAUUGGGCGCGGGGCAUUAUGGGGUAGUGCCAGACAAUAGUGGCAUUGUGGGAAAGCGCCAGUGAUGUAACGGUCACUGAUUUUGAAACAACCAUCGGACCGAGAAAAAUUCAAACUUCUAAGAGUAUAACGUCUGUAGUCGCUCCGUCACCACGUUUUAAAUAAGUGUUCCAGUUGAGUUAUUGCAAACACGGAACGUGGCUUGUUUCGCCACAUGCAUGACCGGUGAUGCUAAAUUUAGAUACCAAUAGAAAUGCCUACACUUAAGG